GCCCCGUAAGAAUCGCGGCACCAGCUGUUGCAAGGCCCAAGAGGCACAUCCUGGGAAGAAAAAAUGCGUUGGGGAUUCCUGUGUCAAUUUCUGUGGCUUUGGGCCUGUCUGUCCUGCACCCAAGCUGUGCCCAUCCAAAGAGUUCAAGAUGACACCAAAACCCUCAUCAAGACAAUUAUCACCCGGAUCAAUAAUCUGUCACAUACGCAGUCGGUCUCCCCCAAACAAAGGAUCACCGGUUUGGACUUCAUUCCCGAGUUCCACUCUGACCUGAGCUUUUCCAAGAUGGACGAGAUACUGGCGAUCUACCAACAGAUUGUCCUCAGUCUGCCUUCCGGAAACAUGAUCCAAAUAUCCAACGACCUGGAGAACCUCCGGGCCCUUCUUCACCUGCUGGCCGCCUCUAAGAGCUGCCACUUGCCCUGGGCCAGUGGUCUGGAGACCUUGGCAAACCUGGGGGGUGUCCUGGAAGCUUCGCUCUACUCCACGGAGGUGGUGGCUCUGAGCAGGCUGCAGGGGUCUCUGCAGGACAUGCUGCAGCAGCUGGACCUCGGGCCUGCAUGCUGAGGCCUUGAAGGUCGCUUUUCCCCCAAGGACCACAUUGAGGGAAGGAACCAGCUGUCUCCAGGAAAAAAGAGCAUUGCAUGGACACCCCUUAUCCAGAACUCUGCCCGUUUCUCUGACUCUUCUAAACCACCCUUCCAAAGGCAUAAGACCCUAAGCCUCCAUUUGCUUGAAACCAAAGAUACAUACACAGGAUCCUACUCUUACCAGGAAGGAGGUCUGCCCAGCAAAGAGUGGACUGCAUCUGGGACUCCCACCAAGGGCUUCAGCCAUCAAAAAGAGUUGUCUUGCCCCCUCUUGGUCCAUCUCCCUCUCACUGCAUGCUUCAAUGUGACCAGAGGUGAUUUCAGAGGGGACGGGGGGCGGGCAGAGCCUUUGGAUGGCUAGAGCAAGGUUCCCUCUGAGAAUUCCAAGGAACUCCGUGAAGGUCCCAUCCACACACAGCAGGAACUCCAAGCAACACAAGCUGGAAGCACUUAUUUAUUCUACAUUUUAUUCUGGAUGAAUUUGAAGCAAAGCAUCAAAUUUUUGGUAAUUUUGGCCUUGCUUGGGUGAGCCAAUCACAAGAAGUAAAAUUUGGCAUGCAAGCCCCACAUAGGAACACUGCCAUGUAGUAAAUCCAGAAUGGGAUCAGCCCUGGACCAUUCAGAGGGUCACACUAAGGACCCCUCCUCUGAAGAUCACAGUCUCCAGUGUGGGACCAUCACUCCCUGAUAGGAAAGCCUACUCUCUAGCAGUCAGAGAAAGCCAGAGCUCACCACUGCCCCAACAAACAGCCUUCAACUUCAUCACUUCCCUCUAGGGGCACCUGGCCAGGCCUCACACACACACCCUCCACUGCCAAAAGAGCUGUUUUCAUGAAAAAAAUCCCAAAAAUUUUGGGGGGGUUUUACUCCAGUGGUAAAGAAAACUCCUUUAUCAGGUGGUCCUGAGACCUGACAAGCACCACUAGGUACCCACCUUGGCACACAGAUAAGUGAGGUUUGACUACUGGGAAUGCAAGGUCCCUGAGGGCAGGCCACCAGGAUGGUCCUUCCCGCUGGAGGUUACGUUCAGGAAGAUGAACGGGGAGGCUUGGGGUUUGCCACCAUCCUGCUGCUGUGUUUUUGCCAUUGCACAGCGGGUGGUGGAUCUGUCCGAGGAAACUUGAAUCAAAGCAAUUAACUUAAGACUCAGCACCUGCUUCAUGCUCAGCCCUGACUGGGGUUAUGGGCUGGAGAAGCUUACCAAAUAAACAUUAAGAUUCAGUCCUGCUCCAGACCUUGCAUUCCCAGCGGUCAAACUGCACUCACUUUUGUUCCAAGGCGGGCAAUUUACCACGACAGCCAAACAGCCGAACGCAUAGUGCAGUCAGCAGCAGGUGGGAAAUGGUGCGAGCGGAGGGCGGCCGCACCCAGGGGCCCACAGGGAAGCCUGCUUGCACGUUGCAGCAUGUUGGCUUUUCAGGGCACGUUAGCAUCUACUAUUGCAUAGUCACAAGAGAACUGGGAAUUUAAAAUAAGAAAUACUUAAGACCACAGCAACCGACAAGCGGCAGGACCAGGACUCCAACCCGGGUCCUCCGACUCCCCAGAAGCAGGUAGUGCUCUCUAGAGAGGGACUGGGGCGGGGAGACCGAGUACUUCCUGGAAAAGAGGAAUUUUGAGGUAGAGUUUAAAGGAGGUGAGGGAUGGGAAUUGCCUGCAGAGAGAAGGCUGUUUUGCUGGAAGGUUUCUUGUGUGGAGAUGCAGAGGUGAAGGUGUGAGCAGUGAGUUACAGCGAGAGACAGAGAAAGAAGAGAUGGGAGGGAAAGGGCCAUGUUGAAGGGACCUUGAAGGGUAAAGAAGUUGGAUAUUAAAGGAGUUCAGAGUCGCAGUCCUAGAGCAGCUGGUGCUGUGGCCAGGGUCAGAGCUACUCUGGAAAACGUGACCCAGAUCAUCACAACUACCUAAUCAGGCUGGGGUGUCUUAAGCCUUUUGCUCACAAAACCUGGAACAAUGGCUAAUUCCCGGAGUGGGAAACUUCCCAUGUUUUUGCAACUUAAAAAAAAAAAAAAAAAAAAAAAAAAAGAAAGAAAGAAAA